AUGGUCACAACCUCGCAAUCGCUUACGGUGCGUGGUCAGCCAACACACACCGGCAAAUUUGUGAUUUUUGUACGACUUGAACUUGUAUUUGUUUUUUUGGGCGUUCACUGCAGAGAAUCGACAGCAGAUGAGGCUAACAUCCUGAUGAUGUGCGUACGGGACGAUGCCAUUUUGGAGAACAACGGAGCCAAGAUUAAAUACGUGGUCCAAUUGGAAGGCGCGGAGCUUUCAGAGUGUGAGCACGAGAGCGAGAGACGAAAAGAAUAUGUAUAAGAGAGACACGUUAGAAGGAGGAAUAGCCAAGAACUAAUUUAUGUAAUUAAACUCGCGAUAUUCCUGACCUUGAACGGUUGAAUGCAAGUCGAGUGUGGAGGCCUGGCUUGAACAAUAUGGCAUGAGUGCACUUGGCGUGGGUUCGUCUCGAGCCCCCUUCCUCCGAUACGGAGGUUCGAUGUUGCAUAACAUACACAUCGCGUUGCAAGAUGGCUGCCACUUAAUAAGGGUUUGAUCCUAAAUAGAUUGGCCCAAUGACAUACAUAUAAUUUGCUUUUAUCUGACCGUCCGCACCGCGAAAUUGCGCAACACGUGCACACGCCAACAUCGACGGAGACAGAAAUCAAUAAUUGCGAGCGACGAGUGUCGCCAUCGCGAUGAAAACAGUCUUUGCAGUCGGUAACUUAGACAACUUGGAGAUUUAUCUGAAAAUAUGAUGAAUUCAGAUACUUCGUCUGUGCCAAGGGACAGAAUAGACAUGAGAUCAUGUAAGAUUCCGUUUCUAGCGCUUUGAAAUAUGAACCCUGAAAAAAGAUCAGACUAUUUUUUACGUUUUCUUCAUUUAGUUCAUUCAUUGUAAUUAGGUUUAUAAAAUUCUUUUAGAUUGGAUUGUACGUUUCAUGUUAAGUGCAAAAGUUUCAUAAAUUCACAAUUCAAGAUAAUACAAAACGUGUGUGAAUAUAGUACUGAUAUAGUAUAUUCUAUAAUAGACUAUCCAACAGCUGUUAAAACCCGAUUAAAUGCAGAUUUGCAUUCAAAAUUUUACAUUAAAUUUAUUAUGUAUACGUUUCAUUAUGUUUACGAACAACUUUAGUUCCAAAUUUCGAAUAUAGUUCGUGAGAAAUUAAAUAUUACAUUAAACUCGUUUUAAGAAUACGCGCGCCGCCAUACGAAGAAAAUAGGUGUCGCCAUCUAUCGGUUUCGUUUCGAACUAUUUGAUGGGAGAAGUGAUGUGCCGGAUUUUUCAUUUUUAUCUUUUUAGUUCCAGUCGGUUUUGAAAAAGCCUUAGGUGGCAACACCGUUGCUAGACAAAGAGCACAACAAUAUAUAGUGUGCAACAGCAAUAUAUUUUAGUUCUAUCGUUUCAGCGCUAGCAUUUAUAUCUAUAAAUUGAACAAUUUUUGUAAAAAAAAAAAACUAAUUAAGAGAAUUAAUUUGCGAACUUUCGCAGUUAUAUCUCACGAAUCAGACUCUUAUCUUACACGCCAUUUGAUUUAUAAAAAUUUAAUAAUUUUUCUCAACAGAUCGAAGUGCCAUUUGAAGAUGAAUAGAUUAUUCUAGCGAAAAUGAUUCAAUGCAUGACUUUCUUCAUUUCAAAUAUUAACGAAACUUAAUAAUAAAUUUGUAUUCUACAGUUUUUUAAUUAAUAUAUUAUGUUUAAAUAAAACGUUUAUAUAUAAAUUAAUGAAGUGUUGCUUUAUAAAAUUCUAUAUUUUGCGAUAUCC